GCAAUGCUGCAAAUCAGGAGUCUGAGGAUGUCGGGACAGAAGCGUCCUGCUGACCCCAGCGGUUCCUCGUCCUCCGGUGCGCCCCCAGAGAAGCGGAGGGAGAGGGAAGGAGAGGAUGGAGGACCCGGUGUCAGCGCCGCUGCCGGGGGGAGCACGGCGGUGGAGACAGUCAUCAAACUGGGAGGAGUGUCCAACUCAGAAGAACAAGAUAUCAGAGCUCUUCAGACUAAGAACCGAAAGCUGGGAGAGUCUCUCGAUCAAAGACAGGUGAUUGAGGAUGAAUUGCGAGAGCGAAUUGAGAGACUGGAGACCCGGCAAGCCACCGAUGACGCCAGUUUGCUGAUCCUCAAUAGAUACUGGAAUCAGUUUGAUGAAAACAUUAAACUGACCAUCAGGCGUUAUGACCAAGCAAGCUGCGAACCUGAUAAAUCUGUGGCGGGUGAGGGACGGAGCCUCAAGCCGGAAACUCCAGAGCCUGAUGGCGACUCCAACCAGGAGAGGGCCAAGGACAGAGGCCAACAGGGAGAGGCGGCCAACUCCUUCCUGGCCACGCUGGCGAGCAGCAGCAGCGAGGAGAUGGAGGCUGAGUUGCAGGAGAGGGUCGAGUCCAGCCAGAAGCAGGCUAAUCAUGUGGUGGAGAUCUAUGAGUGUCUGAAGAGCACCGUGGACCAACUAAAGGCAGAGCUGGACUCUGGAGCCGAGGGCACUUUAUGGAAGGCAGCUUCCAGACUGAACUCCCUCCUGACCAGUGAAAACGAGCGAUUGCAACAGCUGACUGAGGACCUCAAGCAGAAGCACAGUCACAUGACAAGCGAGUCCCGGCCUCUGGGUCGAGCAGCUAACAAAGCAGACCAGCGCGUCAGCGAGCUGCAAGUUCUCAUCGAGGAGCUCCAGUGGGACAUGGAGAAGAUCCGUCGUCGAGAGAACAGACUGAAUGCGCACCUGAUCGAGAUACUGGAGAGGGUGAACAGCAAAGGCUAUAAGGUGUGUGGGGAGGCCAGCAGCGUUUGUGGCACCAUCACGAUUAACAAGAGAAAGUUUGAAGAAAUGAACAGUGAGAUGGAGGAGAGCAGGGAGCUGGCAGACAACCGCCUCAUUGAGCUGCAGAAGCUUCAGCAGGACCUGCAGAAUGUGCACCAGGAGAACAACAGCAUGAAGGACUUCCUUCUUUUCCUCUGUCCCUCUCAGACGGAGCUGCUGAAUCGAGCAGAGGGCAUGGUAAAAGAGACGUCUGAGUAUCGCUGUCUGCAGUCGCAGUUUUCUGUGCUCUACAAUGAGUCUCUGAUCCUCAAGUCUCAGUUAGAUGAAACCCGUGCUCGUCUCAACACUACCAGGACGGCAAGGCUUCGACAGCUAGAGCACAUGGAGAAUGAUGAAGUGGCUCUGCAGAGGAAAGUUCGUACAGAGGUGUUUCAGCUGGAGGACACGCUGGCUCAGGUCAGGAAGGAGUAUGAGAUGUUGCGCAUCGAAUUUGAACAGACUCUUGCUGCCAACGAACAAGCAGGUCCCAUCAACAGGGAGAUGCGUCACCUCAUCAGCACACUGCAAACCCACAAUCAGCAGAUGAAGGGAGAGGUGGUGAAAUACAAGAUCAGACUGAGAGAAACACAAGCUGAGCUCAACCAGGUCCGCGCCUCAAAGGGCAACGCCAUCCUCCAAUCCCAGUCGAGCACAGAGAUGGACGUGAAAGAUGAGACAACCUCUCCGUCCACCCCGGCCGUCUCUGGGGAACCUGUGAUCAAGACAGAGCCUGACAACGGCUCCUCCACACCGAGCAGCACCGGAGCUUCUGUGAAAACAGAGCCUGGAGUAGAAACUGAGGCGACAGUAAAAGAGGAGGAGAAAGAGGAGAAAAAAGAGAAGGAGGAAAAGAAAGAUAAGGACAUUAUAAAGAAAGAGGAGAAAGACAGAGAGCGGGAGAAAGAGAAGGAAAAGGAGAGAGAGAGGCCGACCCGCGGUGGCGGGAGCAGCAGUGUGAUAAAGGAAGAGAAGGAGAAGCCGGGAAGCAGCAGCCAACCUGAGGAGUCGGCUGGGGAGCGCCUGUCUAUGGUCGGAGGGUCAAAGAGGAAGGAGAUUGAGCAGCUGAAGAUUGUCCGAACAGAACUCAAGAAAGCCCAGGAGUCCCAGAGGGAGAUGAAGCUGCUGCUGGACAUGUACCGCUCAGCACCAAAGGAGCAGAGGGACAAAGUCCAGCUCAUGGCUGCGGAGAAGAAGUCGAAAUCAGAGGGAGAGGAGCUGCGACAGAGGCUGAGGGAGCUGGAGGAGAGGGAGAGGAGGGAGGGCAAGAAAAUGGCAGAUGAAGAAGCUCUGAGGAAGAUCCGCUCUGUGGAGGAGCAGAUCGACAUCCUCAACAAGAAACUCUCCAUAGCAAAACAGGAGGAGGACGCGCUGCUGAGUGAGAUGGAUGUGACAGGCCAGGCCUUCGAGGACAUGCAGGAACAGAAUAUCCGUCUGAUGCAGCAGCUCAGAGAAAAAGACGAUGCCAACUUUAAGCUGAUGAGCGAGCGGAUCAAGUCCAACCAGAUCCACAAGCUGCUAAAAGAGGAGAAGGAGGAGCUGGCCGACCAACUACUCACUUUAAAAACUCAGGUCGAUGCCCAGCUGCAGGUGGUGAGGAAGCUUGAGGAAAAGGAGCGCCUCCUGCAGGGCACCAUCAGCACUGCUGAGAGAGAGUUGGCACUUCGAACACAAGCUUUGGACAUGAACAAACGCAAGGCUCAGGACUCUGCGUUGCUGUCGGAGGAGGUGCGCACUCAGCUGGAGCAGGUUCAGCAGAGGCUCAACCUGGUCAGAGAGGAAGUCGUCGAGAACAGCAUCUCCAGGGAGAAGGAGUCCUUUAACGCCCGACGAGCACAGGAGGACAUCUCCAAACUCAGGAGAAAGAUCGAGAAGGCCAAGAAACCAGCAGAGAAAAUCAGCAAUGGAGAUGACAUCCUAAAUGAAGAAAUCAAUGACUAUAAGGCACGUUUAACGUGUCCGUGCUGCAACUCUCGGGUGAAGGAUGCGGUGCUGACAAAGUGCUUCCACGUCUUCUGCUUCGAGUGCGUUAAGACACGCUACGACACACGUCAGAGGAAGUGCCCCAAGUGCAACGCCGCCUUCGGAGCAAACGACUUCCACCGCAUUUACAUCGGCUAAAGCUGCGGUUUGCCCACGUAUACUGGCGAGGAAAAGGGGUCAGCAAGAUAAGCAGUAGUACGAAUACUGCCGGGAGCUAGACUCGCCUCUCUGAACAUGUACUCCUUCUCCUCCUCUUCCUCCUCCUGUGAAUACAGGGCACUAUCAGUGUGAUAUCUCUCGAUGAUGCCAGCCUCGUAGGGCCGCAGUGAUGCUCUGAACUGAACGCUUUUAAACAAUGACUGAAUUGAGCUUCUCCCAUCCAGUAUCCACUACUUUACUGCGUUUUUUUCUGAUAUUGGUGCAGGAAGAAUGUAGGGAAUGAGAUUCUGCGUGUUUGCAUCACAGACAAUUUCUUGUGUUUGUGGGUGUGUGUAUGUAUGUGUGCGCGCGUGUAUGAAAACAAGCAACUACACAAACCAAUAUACAAAGACAAAGAUUAGUGCAUCAAGAAAACAAGAUUCUUCCCAGUGUAGCGGAUGUUUGUGUAACAUCGGUGUGUAUGUACAUAAUGUAUGUCAUUACUUUUUUUUCAUUUUUUUAUUUGAAAUCUGCCUCUUCUCUACAAAAUCUCAAAAAAAAAAACCUCUGACUCGAUGCUGUGUAAUUGCUGUUGUACUAGUUAUUAAACUGACUAAAAGUG